AUGCACGGAAUUAACUGGCCGUCGAAGGCUCUCGCCCAUCUUUGGACGGUGGCGUUCCCGUCAUCCACUCAACCCCUCACUGAUUCGAUUGCACCGUUUGCUUCUGGGCACCUGACGAAUCGCCGUGCGAUGGCGAUCGCGCAAUCAUCUUCGCUGCUGCGCCUCAUUCCUGGGCAAUUUUGCCGCGUGCUGCUCUAUCUGCAUUGUAAUACAGGCACAUCCGUGAAGAGAGAUCAUCGUAAUCUGUUGGAGAUCGGAAAUCUGAAGAACUUGCCGUCAUUCUGUUCCACCGUCUCUGGCGCACCCGUGACUGUCGUCCCAAACCCCUCUUCAGCCGAAAAGUCGCGCGUCUGUCUAAUCGGUCUAGCGCCGUCCGAGUGUCUGGCGCUUUAG